GACCGGGGGACCUGCUCACGUCUCCAACCGGCCUGUCGAGUCCAUAUUUAGAAACCCAACAAGAGGAAGGCAAGCAAUGAUCCCUUUUAUUAAGCUCGUGUCUGCAUGCUCCAGAACACACUUGGACGGCGCCUCCCCGUCAUUUCUUCUCACUUCUCAGGUCCCUUGGCUGACGCACGACGACAUCCAUUAUUACUUCGUUUGAAGCUCGGCCGUUCCCGUUAUAGUCAUCAUCAUCAUGGGGAACCGCUCCUCGCGCCGGAAGGGCGGAGAGCGCCCAGAGGCGACGCCUCCGGAUGGAGAGAGACAGCCCUCGCUGGAUGGAAACGGGGAUGGCUCGGAGGCCGUGUUGCCCCCUCGUUACGCAGCUUGCGAGCUCCUCUACAAGGCCGGGAUACCUGCUGCUGUCUGGCUGGAGGACGCGCUUUCGCGCCACGGUGUUCCUACCUUGGUUUUUGAUCUGUUCCUACUCGUCCCGGACGUGGACGCGGCGGCCCAGGUCUUGAUCGGCGCGGGAUACAGGCGAGGGCAGCUGAGCUUCGCUCUUCGUAACAUCCGCCAAUUCGAGAAUCUGUACUUUCCGCCCCGGGCAAUAACAGCAGAUAAUAAGCACGACGAGUCCAUCCCGGAUACCGGUGUCAUUCUGCUCGCCGCCCGCGAGUGGUUCCACGAGCUUCCCGCCACCGCCCAGGAUAUGACCGACUGGUUCCCGACCCUCCCACAGCUCCUCACAGCGCUGAUUGCGAAAUGGCUGAGCCUGGAGGAGCAAGAAUCGGACCUGCGCUUGCGCAUCGCCGUCUACAUCGGCUACAUCUACCUGUACAUCGACGCGGUCAAGGAGCCAGGCUUUCAAGAGCAGCUCCCACCGGAGUACCGCCUCUUUCACGCUGACCGGCUUCAAGGAAUCAACACAGAGAACCUAGGAGAAUUCCAGUGCCAGCAGCUUUAUUUACAGAGAAUCAAAGCUGCGGAAUGACUGCUCCCGGGGUGAAGUAUAAUUUAAGUUAAUUACUUAUUAUAUUGCCAUCAUUGUAUUGCCAUCUCUUUUUGUAAGACAACAUGAUCUGCACAUUCCUCUAGCGAUUUUUUUUUUCUUGGAAAGGAGGAAACUAUUUAUUUCAGGAAUGAAAAUAU